GCGGGACCACUUCCGGCCUGGAGGGGGAAGGGCGGUCUCGGAGUUUCCGAAAGGCUUGGAGAGUGGAUCUACUCGGGAAUUGUAGGAUCUCAGGCUCAACUCUUGCCAGGCCAACCUGAGACAUGUCUGACACAAACGACAGUGGUGCAGGCUCAGCUUGCUUCCAGACCAAAGCUUCAGAAAAGGACAGUGGCUCAGUGAUGCAGACCCUGUUGAUAGUGACUCAGAAUUUGGAGGUCUCAGAGACACCAAAGGUCUCAAAGACACCAGAGAUCUCAGAAGCUGCAAAAGUCUCAGAAGCCUUAGGGGUCUCAAAGGCCAUAAAGGUCUCAAAGGCCCCAGAGGCUCAGGAGGCACCUGCCAACCAGUCCUCACCUACCACACAGCUGACUGAUACUCAGGUUCCGACAGCUGAAAACAAGAGUCCAGCAGCUGACACCAAGACACAGAAUACUGACCUGCGGGCUGCGACAGUGCCUGCCACUGAGACCAAAAAGGUCAGCUGUGUGGCUGAUAUGAAGGUCAAUACAAAGGCCUCAGAGACGGAGGCAGCUGCUUCUCAGUCUCAGGCAGAUGAACCUGAGCAUGAAGGUGCAACUGCCCAGGCUCAGGAGAAUCAGGAUACUCGGCCCAAGGUCAAGGCCAAGAAAGCCCGAAAGGUGAAACAUCUGGAAGAGGAAGAGGACGGCAGCAGUGAUCAGAGUCAGACUUCUGGAACCACAGGUGGCCGAAGGGUCUCAAAGGCCCUAAUGGCUUCAAUGGCCAAAAGGGCUUCAAGGGGGCCCAUAGCCUUUUGGGCCCGCAGGGCAUCAAGGACUCGGUUGGCUGCUUGGGCCCGGAGAGCUCUGCUUUCCCUGAGGUCACCUAAAGCACGUAGGGGCAAGGCCCGCCGUAGAGCUGCCAAGCUCCAGUCAUCCCAAGAGCCUGAAGCACCGCCACCUCGAGAUGUGGCCCUUUUGCAAGGAAGGGCGAAUGAUUUGGUGAAGUACCUGUUGGCUAAAGACAAGACAAAGAUUCCCAUCAAGCGCUCAGACAUGCUGAAGGACAUCAUCAAAGAAUACACUGAUGUGUACCCUGAAAUCAUUGAACGAGCAGGCUAUUCCUUGGAGAAGGUAUUUGGGAUUCAGUUGAAAGAAAUUGAUAAGAAUGACCACUUAUACAUUCUUCUCAGCACCUUAGAGCCCACCGAUGCAGGCAUACUGGGAACGACCAAGGACUCACCCAAGCUGGGUCUCCUCAUGGUGCUUCUUAGCAUCAUCUUCAUGAAUGGAAAUCGGUCCAGUGAGGCUGUCAUCUGGGAGGUGCUGCGCAAGUUGGGGCUGCGCCCUGGAAUACAUCACUCACUUUUUGGGGAUGUGAAGAAGCUCAUUACUGAUGAGUUUGUGAAACAAAAGUACCUGGACUAUGCUAGAGUCCCCAAUAGCAAUCCCCCUGAGUAUGAGUUCUUCUGGGGCUUACGUUCCUACUAUGAGACCAGCAAGAUGAAAGUCCUCAAGUUUGCCUGCAAGGUACAAAAGAAGGACCCCAAGGAAUGGGCAGCUCAGUACCGAGAGGCAAUGGAAGCAGAUUUGAAGGCUGCAGCUGAGGCUGCAGCUGAAGCCAAGGCAAGAGCUGAGAUCAGAGCACAAAUGGGCAUUGGGCUUGGCUCUGAGAAUGCUGCUGGGCCCUGCAACUGGGAUGAAGCUGAUAUUGGACCCUGGGCCAAAGCCCGGAUCCAGGCAGGAGCUGAAGAUAAAGCUAAAGCCCAAGAGAGUGGUGGUGCUAGUGCCAGUGCCAGUGCCAGCACUGGUACCAGUACCAGUGCUGGCGCUAGUGCUAGUGGUGGCUUCAGCGCUGGUGCUAGCUUGACUGCCACUCUAACAUUUGGGCUUUUUACUGGCCUUGGUGGAGCUGGUGCCAGUACCAGUGGCAACUCUGGUGCCUGUGGUUUCUCCUAUAAAUGAGAUUUCAGGUAUCUGCCAUGGUUUCAGUGGAGGCAGCUGAGGCUCGUGGGGAUGGGAUGAAAAGCUGAAACCCAGGGUGGGAAAUGAUAUGGAGAGUGUACAAAGACACUGCUUUUGGCAUUUAUUCCUUCCUGUUUGGUGGCUGUCAAUUGACUUUUUGAUUUUUUUUAAUUUGUGUUUGCAGCUAUCCUUAAUCCCAGAAGUCUUUUUUCAAGCUAGGGUGUACUCUCAGAAAUCUACUCAAAACAGCACUCUAGGCAGCCACUAUCAAUCAAUUGAAGUUGACACUGCAUUAAAUCUAUUUGCUGUUUCUGAGUUUAUUGCAUUUUUGGGAGGUCGGCUGGGACAUUUUGUCAUCACAUUUUAAAAGAAAGUGGGAAAGUGGCCAUAUCAGUCUUUGCUUUCUGUGUGGUGACAUUGGGUUCCUAGGAGCAAGAUAUCUCUCUGGAAGAAGUUGGGCUCUAUCUCUAGCCUAUAGGGCAGACAGGGUUUCUGUGAGGUGGAGCCUUGGGGGUUAUUGGCACAGAGGACACUCUUUAGAGAAGAGGGAAAGUCUGAAACAGCAGCGGUAGAAGAGGCUGCACAUGAUGUAUGGACUUCUUUUGAGAAAUUUGGCUGAAACAAGAAAGAGGUAGGUAUCUAAAGAGAGGUGCAGGGACAAGGGGUUAUUUUCUGGAGGAAGGAGAUUGCUAGGAGCCAGUGAAGGGGAGGGAGUUAAACACUGACUCAGGCAACCCAGACUCUGAAGGAGUGAGAAGGGAGGGUUUGUAUGAGUGCCUGGGAGAAGGAAGAUGUCUAGACAGGACAUAGGGUAGGGACUAUGGAAGGAUGUUGAGCAAGUAGGAGACCCCAGUAUAGGAUGUAGACCCUGAUUUGGGGGAGAACAUGGCACAGGGCUCAGUAAUCAGAGUAUAGGAACCAAAGAGAUGAGUAUUGGCUUAUUCCAAGGUUUGGCUUCUGUUGUUUGGAUUUGGAGUAAGGACCAAGGGCAGUGAAUGUGAGUUGAGAUCUUCAUUACUAUCUUCUCAGUGCCUAACAUUACUAUAUUCUCAGCAUAGUAGGUGUGCAGAGGAGCGAGAAAGUUGGACUGUGGGGCCUAAGCAGACUUAGAGAAGAAAGAUGAGAAUGUGCGACAGACUGAGGAGCAAUGGGGGUGUCUCAUUAGGAGUCUCAAAUCCAUGAAUGAGGGUGUAAUUUUAAGUAAAUUUCCUGGUGGCUGCUGUAUGUUUGAUGGUGAUCCAGGUAUCUAGGGAGGGGUGGUGAGAGAAAAGGGUGAACUGGGGAUUAGUCAGACAGCAAGAUAGAUGUUUGUGUUCAGGACAGCAGAGGGGCUUUGUGAUCUACUAAAGUUCAUAGAGUGGGUGGUUGAAGUGGAGAGAAGAUGAUGGCUCCUGUGGAUGAGAAGUCAAUGUCUUGGGGAACCAGAUAUUUGAUUAUCCAUGUGGACAAUCAUAUCACCUGAAUGGUGGAAGGAGCUGGAGAAUGGAGAAGCACUAUGAACCAGGUACAAAAGUCUUCUCCUAUGGUUGAAGGCAGUAUUUUCCAAGCUCUACUGCCCACUAAGGGACAGGGCACCUGGGCUGUCAGAACUCUACCUUGUAUUUGGGGGCUACAGUCUGAACCGUUCCAAGAAGCCCUCACUAUGUCUAACCCCCAUAGUUCCAGUCUCUGAAUCAUUGAGCCAGUCUCAUGGAUAGUGAGAUCUUCAUAAUGGCCACCUCUUCCCUCCUGUAAACUCCAUAAGCUAUAAAGGAAAAAUGAUGGGUUUUUAAAAACUUUAUUUAGGAAACAAGUUUUUUUUAAGUUCCAUGCAUAGACAACUCCUUGCCUGUGACCCUGAAUUUGAGACCUACUUUUACUACUGAGGCAGUCUUCACUGGAAACAAGUUCUUCCAUUGAAGAUCAGUCAGGCUUUGGUAUCCUCAGGAGGAUGAGUAGUACCCAGGACAGGUAGACAAGGCAGCUUUGGUAUCCUAAAAAGGGUUCCUGGAGGGUACCAUGCCAAAGGCUCCCUUAGAUUUUCAGGUGAUUCUGUCAAAAAAUAAAGGAGAUAAGGGAUGAUGGGGGCUGGAAGGUAGUGGAGGGAUGGUGAGGAACUCAAGAGACUGAUUCUAAUACAAAUUGGAUUUAAGGUGCUUAACGGAGUUAAGGCUUAAUCAUAGUCGUGAACUUUUAUCUUUCCCAGUGUAUGUUCCCUCCACAGGCCACUGGGCUUCCAGAGUUGCUUAUCUCUUCUUCCUUCCCACAAAGCCAAGAAUUUGACAGAGCAAGGCAUGGGCUCUUACUCCUUUCUCACUUCCCAGAGUUGGGCCUUGAAGGCAGGUGGGACAGGGAGGAAGAUAAAAUGUCUGAUCCCUGGUAAGUGGGAGAAUGUUGGAGUGGGGAAGAGAGAGUAGCAGGGGAAAUCAGGACAGACUGUACUUCUUUUUGCCACCUUUAUCAACCUGGAUGCCAUUGCUGUGAUGAAUGGACUCCCAUAAUUUCAAGCCUUUCUUGUAGUUUAUCAGUAAUGAAAUCCCAAAUAAUUCUAGAUUGUAUCAUGUAUCUCCCCAUUGUUUAGGAGUGGGUAUAGCCCCUUGAUAAAUUUCUUUACUCAUCACUCUAGAAGAAGCUUUUAGACAUUUUUGUCUCAUGUACCCCAUCAGUGAAGUUUGACUUCUACAAGUACACUAUAUAAUAGCUGUGUGUAUCUAUGCUUUAUACAUAAAAAGGAAUAAA